AUCAUCAUAAGAGCUCCCGAUUCCCUCCCAGUCUGUUUGUGUCGACAGUUUGCAAGCGCUCAGCUCCCCCUCCAGUCUGCAUCCGUCCGGCAGAGCCGAGGCUGGCACCGACAGCAUCAGCAGCAUCAGCAGCAUCAGCAUCAGCAGCAGAAGCAGCAACAACAAGCCCCGUUUGUGCAUCAUCAGCUGACGGGGGCGAAAAAACAACAACAUCCGCUCGAAACAUUCCGGGAAUAACGCUGCAAUGGGACCAUUCCAAGAAUAUGAGGAAAAGAAAUCACCCGAGAAAGGAAGCCCCCGCAGCCGCAUCCCACGUUUGGUUCUCCAUCCUUUCCGGCCGAAGGACAGAGGCACGCUUCUGUCUGAUUCCCUGCUAUCCGAAGAGGAGGGGAAGGAGUGCGACAUCAGCUCGGAUCACUCCAAGAGGACCAUCAGCACCAACAGCUUUUGCUCCGAUGACACCGGCUGCCCCACUAGUCAGUCUGUGUCCCCCUCCAAAACUCCGUCAGGCUCAGAGCGGAGCGUCCACGCGUCGCCGACGCUGCCGGAGCGCAAAGCCAAAGCGAAGAGGGUGAGGGUGGUGGCCGAGAGCGGCGGGGAGGCCCGCAGCGCGCCCAGGCACAAGAGGGAGAUGAGGUCUGCCCCGAGAGCCCGAGGCAGCGAAGCAGAUUUCAGUUCCUCCAGCAGCACAGGCAGCCUGAAGACCAAGGACAUCCUCGCAUCAAGUUUGGUUGGGAAGAAAGUUUCUUCUCGCUGCCGUGGCCCUCAAAUCAGAACGCUCCCGGUUUUCAAACCAGCUGGGGCUCCGUCUUUGAAACAUGACUCCGAACUUUACGCCCCCUACAGGACUCCCCCCAGAGCUGCAUCUUUGACUUUCAGCAGCAGCUGCAACUCCAGUCCCACUUCCAGAAGAGUGAGCUUGGGCCGCUUCCGCUCCUGCGGAGACAACCACGGCGUCAGGCCCCCGAACCCUGAGCAGUACCUGACCCCGCUGCAGCAGAAGGAAGUGGCCAUCAGACACCUGAAGACCAAGCUGAUGGAGUCGGAGAACAAAGUCCACGACAGAGAGAACGAGAUCCAAGAGCUCAAGUCCCAGCUCUGCAGGAUGAGGGAAGACUGGAUUGAAGAAGAAUGCCACAGAGUGGAGGCUCAGCUGUCCCUCAAAGAGGCCCGCAAAGAGAUCAGGCAGCUGCGUCAGGUGGUGGAAACCAUGAAGAACAGCCUGAUGGAGAAAGACAAGGGAAUACAGAAGUACUUCAUAGAUAUCAACAUCCAAAACAGGAAGCUGGAGUCCCUGCUGCACAGCAUGGAGCUCGCCCAGAGUGGCUCUGCCCUCCAAGAUGAAGGUGCCUUGGACUUCAUGUGUGAUGGUCCUGAAGGGGGUGAUAAGAAGCUGAUGGGUGAGGAGGACGGAGGGCUGGAGAUGGGGAAUCCGGGAGCAGAGGCAAUGGCAGACAGUGGGCUGCUGGUGAACGAUGAGAUGGCCAACAGAGAGGACAUCUUUGAACAGGUCUUCAUGUCUACUGCAGCGGAUUUCAGCCAGGACUCCAGUUGCAGGCAAGGGCCCCUGGUGGAGACCGACGCUGGGCAGCCUGCGCUGUCAGAAGACGGACAGUUAGCACGUGAAUCUUCAGCAUCUCCGCCAAAUGCACUUUCAUCCACAGUCACCAUCUCUUCAAGCGCACCUUGCCACCAAAACACCAACGACAAAGAAGUUCAGACCGACUUUCCGUCCAUAUCCGCAGAGCUGCAGGCUCUACUACUUCAGCUGCUGAAGCUCCACGGGUCAUCACUAGGGGAUGCAGCUCCUCCCACCGGACUUCUGGAAGUCCCAAAGCUACCCACAUCCACGGGGGAUGAAUCCAGCACAUCUACUGAUUCCGGUUGUUCAGACAAUACGAAGAGCAGCCAGUUCAUGGACGAGCUGGACUUCACCGCCCAGGAAGAGAAACCUUUCGAAUCGACGAGACAGGAACUGGUGGACAAGCGUUACUGGAGCAACAGCUUCCUGGUUGAUCUGGUGGCAGUGGCAGCCCCUGUGCUACCCACUGUGGCCUGGCUGUAUUCGAGGCAUGGUGUGGACGGAAACGCUCCGGUCUACAACAUUGGGGCCCUGAUAAGGGGCUGUUGCAUCAUGGGACUGCACUCGCUUCGUCGCGUUGCCCGUAGACCAGACGCAUAAUCGCUUUAAACCUGCAUGCUCACGCCUAACUUUGUACUAGAAGCACUUUGCAAAGAGUAUCAUGGAAACGUUUCUUUUGUUGUUCAGCACUUGAUGAGAUUAUUGCAGCUGCUUUGUUUUCAGCACUGGUAUUUUUGCAUUGUACAGUUACCAUAAAUGGAAGCUUGGUGGUGACCAAACAGUAUUUAUUCUUUAUUUAUAUAUUUAUUUAUAUUUAACAAGCAUAUCAUCCGAGUAGAUGGUUAUGUCCUGUCAUAUCUUUUAGUUUGUUUUCUUUUUUUAAUUUAUGACCUCCGGGAAAUGGAAGUCCAUGCUAAUUUGAAAUGUUUUGUGUUGCUGUUCAUAAAGAAACCUUCAGCCAAAGCUUUAAUGUGAGUUCACCGUUUUUUGUGAAGUCCCCUCUCUUGACCCUUUCCUUUGGAGUGGAGCUUUACUCUGUACAGCUUGUGUAUUGUUCAUACAAGACUUGUUCUGUGCCUGAGCAAUGUGCAAUAUUGUCAGUCUAUAUCAAAUGUCAUUGUAACUUUAUUAAUAAAGCAUGAUAUUUCUGAGCAUG